UUCAGCAACGCUCCGGCCAAGUUGUUGAGGCGCGUGAGCCAACAGGGAAAAUUCAACCGCUUCCAGUCAUCUCUCUCUGCUUGGAUACAUUUGUUGAAAUAAUUGACCAGUGUGCACAAGGGGAUUAUUAAAUAAAAAAUAAAUGAAAGCCCGCUAAUAAGGAAAUUGUUUUGAAAACUCGUUAGGAACCCAAAGCACGCACAAUAUGCGUUGCUCUGUGUAGAGCAAAUUGCGCAUACGCCACGUCGGACCGUCAAAAGGAUUUCGUAAACAUAUUGUUGCGGAAAAUUGCAUGCAGCAAUUUGAAUAAGCAAAUUGUUUGCACAAUUUUUGUUUGGAUUUGAGUCACCGAUUCGCAAAUAUUCAUCGGAUUGACCCAUAACCUCAGAAAUGGACAUUGUCAUACGUGAAGAGGACAUUUCCUUAGCCCAGAUUGGCGUCUAUGCCUCGGUAUCCUUUCUAGUGGUUUCGGCCGUUGGGGCAGCCCUCUACACCACUUGCUCCAAACGGUAUCGUCUCAACUGGUUUGAACAGAAUCUUCUGGAGUCGGCCAACGAAAAAGAUGAAGAUCAGCAGAGCAGGGAGGCCUUGGUAGCAGGUGCCGUGGGCUACAAUGUGGACAGCAUAAACGAGGUGCCGCGUGGGAAAUUUGGCAGCGGAAAUGCCGGCAACCUAAGCCCCACCUCCCUGAAGAGCGAGGACAAUGACCCUGCGUUUUGGGUACCCGCCUCGGUCACCUCGACGGCCGCCAUACAGCAACAGGUGUCGAACACCACCGAGGAGUCGGCACCACCCACCCCAACUUCGCCCACCGGCAGCCUGAAGUCCAACACCCUGUCCUACUGCUCAACCACUUCUGUUCCCAUCGCCAGAUCCGAUAAGCAUGUGGUCCUGGCCAUGCACCCCAGUCGUCCUAGGGUUUCCUCCAUGAAUGCCAAACUGGAUCACACUAAAAUAGACAUGACCCUGUACCGAAGUCACUCUCAGCCCAAGACCAUCAAUCCCGUUUCGCUUAAUGAAGUCCGCGGCAAUUUGCAUGUGAGCAUUGGCUAUGAUCCUGUUGGUGGCUUGCUUAAUGUCAGACUACUGGAGGCUCAGAAUCUGCAGCCUAGGCAAUUCAGUGGAACUGCCGACCCCUAUGCCAAGGUUCGAUUGUUGCCGGAUAAAAAGAAUUUCUGGCAGACACGCAUUCACAAAAGGACCCUUAAUCCAGUUUUCGACGAGCAGUUUGUAUUUGAGGUAACCGCCGGAGUAAUUGACAAACGAACAGUGGAGAUCUUACUGUACGACUUUGAUGCCUAUUCCCGGCACGUUUGCAUUGGGGGAACGAAACUGCACCUGGCCAACUUGGAUCUGAGUGAACAGUUGAAGCUUUGGACCCCCCUCAGUUCUGCCUCGGCUCAAGAUAUGAAGGUGGAUCUGGGCGAUAUAAUGGUGUCCCUGGCCUAUUUGCCAUCUGCCGAACGUUUGAUGGUGGUCCUGAUCAAGGCCCGAAAUCUGCGGAUCGUGGACGAUGCCCGCAACUCUUCGGAUCCUUAUGUGAAGGUUACUCUUCUGGGUCCCGGUGGCAAGAAAAUGAAGAAACGCAAGACGGGCGUCCAAAGGGGCACCCUGAAUCCCGUUUACAAUGAAGCCCUGGCUUUCGAUGUGGCCAAGGAGACCCUGAAAAAUUGUGUACUAGAAUUCACAGUGGUUCACGAUGGCUUACUGGGUUCCAGUGAAAUUUUGGGUCGUACUCUCAUUGGAAACUCGCCAGAAGUUCGCACUGAGGAGAAAAUAUUUUUUGAGGAAAUUUUCCGCGCCAAAAAUGCUACGGCCCAAUGGGUUCCACUCCAGGAACCGGCAAACAAUUUAGCUACCGCGGCCAAAAACGCAAACAACAAGAACUAGCUUCCACAGUUGCCGGCUGCUCUUGGUUCGUGUCUAAGUAAGGACCGUGCCGGUGGUUGUCUUGGGUAAAAGUAAGUCUGGAGUAAGGGUUAAAGCAUGAAAAAGCACAUCGUUUCAUUUUUUUUGCUUAAAUAUGGAUGCAGCAAAUGUUCACACCUUUUAUCUUACCACUUAACAUUUCUGUUACAUUCUGUGGUUUCUGAGAUUUUUAAAUCGGCAUAGCGGUUACUAAACCUUUUUUUGAACGCGUUGUGCGAUACUCAAUGGGCAUCGAGUUUGAAAUAAAUUGGAAAAAGAUGUUGCACAUAACUCAUUAAAACUGGUAUUAUGACGGUUAACUUUUCGCAGCUUCAUAAAAUUAAUUUCAGUCUACAAAAUUAAAUAAACAUAAAACAAUCACAAACCCUUACUCUAUUAAAAAAUACUAAUUAAUAAACAAAAGUCAUGAUUCCGCGUGUGGAUUGAACAUCAGGAAACAGGUACAGCUUUUUUCAAAUUAAUAGGAGCAACGGAAAUGAUUUAUAUAUAUUUUCAAUUUAAAAAAAAAACUAAAUAUUAUCUUUUUAUUCAUGGAAUAUAACUAUUAUUGUGAACACGGCUGUACUAAUAUCAUUUAUACAUAAUGUUACGACGUUUUGGAAUAAAGGAACUUGCAGGGAUACGUUUUAAGCAGGAUAAAGAUUUAAACAAGUCACAUACUACUUUCAAACAUGAUAUAUAUAUAUCUCAAUGAAUGUGCUUUGUAUGGUAUCAAUUAUUCGAAGAAUAUAUAUAUAUUUAAUAUACAUUUUAUGUGUCAGGAAUGUCAAGAAGUACCUAAAAUACAAACUACCAACUACAUAUAUUAAACAAAUAAAUUAGUACCAAUUUAAAUAUAUACAAAAUGCAAGCGAAGAUUUACAAUUUCAGUUUAUAAUUUUUAGGCGAAGGUUUCAGGGCACAGAGGGCACAAAAUAUCCAUAGAAUUUUAGUUUAACAUCCCGCUAAAUUAAAAUGUGUUGAAAAUAUAGUUCACGGAGAGUAGAAAUAAUUGUAACCAAAUGAAAAUAUUCUUAUACGCAUAUUACUUAUAUUUAAUGUAGUGACUAUAUAAAGGAACUUGUGUCUAUAGUAGUUUAAACGCACUAUGUAAUCCAAAAUCACUACCUACCCUCAAUUAUCUAUAUAAAAUAAAGUUAUUAGAUCUUAGAAA